UAGCCAACUUUAGAAAAUUUUAAGCUCGUAAAUAUUAACAAACACAGAGCAAUGCCAACAUCUUCUCACUCGUAUCCGAUGAGCAGUGGUGACGAUCAACACAGUUACAUCCACAAUUCUUCAUACCAAAAAUCAGGCAUAGAUGGGAUCGAAGAAAAGACAAGGCGAUGCAUCUUAGAAAAUUUUGAUCUCUUGAGUUUAAAUUGCAAUCUUAGUACUAUAAGAAUUGCGGAUUUUGGCUGUUCUACUGGACCUAACACAUUUCAUGUUGUUCAAAACAUCAUUGAGGCGGUGAAAGAAAACCGCGAAAAUAGUCUUGUCCCUCUUGAGUUCCAAGUAUUUUUCAAUGAUCAGCCUAACAAUGACUUCAACACACUCUUUAGAACCCAACCUCCUUCCUCUAAAGGGGAAUAUUUCUCGGUCGGAGUUCCAGGUUCUUUCUAUGGUCGAGUGUUACCAAGAAACAGCAUCCACAUCGGCCACACUUCUUACACGACUCAUUGGCUUUCAGAAAUUCCUGAAAACGUAUGUGACAAAAAUUCUCUGGCUUGGAACAAAUAUUACAUUCAUUGUAAUAAUUUACUAGAAGAUGUGACAAAAGCUUACAAGGUCCAGUUCACAAAAGACAUGAAGAGUUUUCUUGAAGCUAGAGCCAACGAAAUUGUUCCACAAGGUUUGAUGAUUGUUUUAGGACAAUGUUUCCCUGAUGGUGUCCUCCACUUUGAGACAUGGCAAGGUGUGGUGGUAGAUAGGAUCGGUGACUGCCUUAUGGAUAUGGCGAAACCGGGAGUAACGAGCGAGGAGGCGAUCGAGCUAUUCAGCAUUCCCGUGUAUUUUCCGCAGUUUAGUGAACUAAAAAGAGAGAUUGAGCAACAUAAGAGCUUUACCAUGGAGAUGAUGGAGAUUGUAAGUCAUCCAUUGGAGGAUAUUGCAUUAUCCAACGAGUUCAUGAUUUCCAUGUUUAGAGCCAUUCUGUCUACGAUCAUAAUAGAACAUUUUGGAGAAGGUGUGAUCGAUGAGCUAUUUGAUCGUUUAGCUAAGAAACUCGCCAAUGACCCGAUUGAUUUUAAAGUGUGUAAGAAACAUGUGAACUAUUUUAUUUUGCUUAAGAGAAAAUGAAUAACAUGAUAUUUGGCUAUUUGUAACAUGAUAUUUGGAUAUUUGUCUUUUUAUUUGUCUU